AUGGCAGACAGCAAACCGCAACUCGGUGCCACCUUUUAUCCCGGCGGAAUGGACGACUUUUAUAUGCCGGAGGUCAUCUCUCCGCUUCCCCAGAGGCACAUGCCAGAAGUUCCAUCAAACAUGCAGGAAGGCCUGGCGAAUCUCGAACUGAAUGCGCAGAAUUCCAGAAUAGGCUCAUCAUCGGCCACAUUCUCUCAGCCAGCGCAGUCGCCAUACCUCGAUCAACGAAAUCUUGACCAGCGAAGGUCGAAUCCACAGCGACCGAUCCUCCCAGGCUUCACAGCGAGUUACGAACAUACAAACGCUUCUGCGUAUCAAAACAUAAACCGGGAUCAGAACGGAGGGCCACGCGCAGACCAAGAGUCGCCCAAGUUCAGCCCCUUUCCGAAGCCACGAAACCCGGGGCCCAAUGUGCCACUCUCUGAUGAGGACAAGGAGGAAGUGCUCGAGAGGGCGAGAACUAUGGUCUUAAAGUCUACGGAUCCGGAGAUACAACUGGCGUGGGCGCAGGAUGCAUUGUCUUGGGUCGAGGUGGCUAGCCAAAGUGCUUCGCGGGACGUUGCAGAAGGGCAAACAGGAAGGCCUAUUACGCCGAAGGUCGCGCAUCAGUUGAGGGAGGAUGCGCUGAAUAUUGUCAACUUUCUAGCAGACCAACACCAUCCUAAAGCCGAAUUCAUGAAGGGAAUGUGGCUCGAAUUUGGAAAAUUUGGCUUCCGCGUAGAGAAGAAGGAGGCAUUCAUGGCAUAUAGGAGAGCUGCGGAGAAAGGAUAUGCUCGAGCCGAGUACCGGAUAGGCAUGCAGUAUGAGUCGGCGAACAACUCAGCAAAGGCCAUCGAACAUUACCAGAAGGGCGUGGCAUUGAAGGAUUCAGCUUCGAGAUACAGACUGGGCAUGAUGACUCUGCUCGGCCAGCAUGGGAUGUUGCAGGAUUAUCAGCGCGGGACUGAUCUUAUUCGACUUGCUGCGGCCACUGCAGAUGAGAAUGCACCUCAAGGAGCUUACGUCUACGGCAUGCUACUUUCGAGGGAGUUGCCAAAUAUCGAUGUUCCGGAACAAUUCCUUCCAUUUGACAUGAAUGACGCUAGAUUAUUCAUCGAGAAGGCAGCCUAUCUGGGUUUCGCCAAAGCACAGCUGAAGAUGGCACAAGCAUAUGAGCUUUGUCAACUCGGUUGCGAAUUUGAGCCAGCUCUCUCGUUGCAUUAUGCUGCCCUGGCAGCCCGGCAAGGGGAAUCUGAUGCUGAUAUGGCAAUCAGUAAAUGGUUCUUGUGUGGAUACGAAGGCAUCUUUGAGAAGAAUGAGGAGCUGGCUUUUACGUACGCCAAACGAGCCGCUGGAGCAAAAAACGCCACUGCAGAGUUUGCCAUGGGCUACUUCUACGAAAUUGGCAUCUAUGUGACUGCGGAUCUGCGAGAAUCGGAGGCUUGGUAUCAGAAGGCGGCUGCGCAUGGCAACACAGAUGCACUGGGAAGAAUUGAGAGCAUCAGAAAGAACAAUACAUUCUCAAAGAAAGAUCACGAGCAAAUUGCAAUUACGAGGAUCAAAUCACAAUACGGAUCUCAACGGGGAAAGAGACCUGAACGAUUUAAGCAGAAGCCAGCUCCUAUGCAGUCCAUGGCGGAAGCGGAGGAAAGAACAGAAAUGCCAGAUCCAAGAGAUCCAAGAAAUUCAUUUGGAAAUGCGGCUCCUCCUAGGCGGGUUUCGCCAGCCGGCAGGCCAGCAUCUACUGCACCAUAUCCUGAGGACGACGGACCGCCAGUGCCUAGUGCUUUCAAUGCAGGACUGCGACCGAACCCUGCCUCUGGACCACAAGCAGAUAGACCUUCCUCAGCAUUUGGUAUCCGGCCUCUACCACAAAUUCCACCCCAGUUCCGCCGUGACCCUUCUCCAAAUCCAAACCAUCAACGACUCCCCUCCCUCAAUGUAGAUUCUUCAAACUACGGACAGAAACCUCUCCCUUCACCAAACUUGAACAAACCUCAACCAUCACCAGGCUAUGACCAAUACGGCAGACCGUCGCCUCAAUCAGCAGGAUUCUCACCUCAGCCGGCGGGAUAUAAUUCUCCAGUCCAGAGACGAGACCCAGCUGCGAAUUAUGCCCAGCGACCUGAAAAAGGAAGUUCGAUGACACCUACAACUGGUACUCCCACGAUGCAACAGCGACCAGAUCGAUUCGAUUCUAUGCCACCUCCCCAGCAACCAGGUCGUGCAACGCAACGCCCGCCACAGAUAACCAUGUCUUCACAAGGAAAUGGUUCAAGACCAUCUCCAAUCUCAUCUUCGCAAGGCAGACCCUCUCCAGCCCCACUUUCACAAGCUUCUUCCGUCCCACCAUCAGCUGGUGGUGGAUCAAAUAAUUCUGCUUCAUCAGGACCACCGAAAAAGCAGGGCCCAGCCACAUUCGAGGAAAUGGGCAUUCCGGCCACGAAGAAGGACGGUGAUUGUGUAAGUCUUUCCCAUCCAUCCCAUCCCCCAGCAAGCUUACUAACGAUAAAUAGGCGAUUAUGUGAUUUUAUUCCAAAAAAGGUGCGAUGGUUUGGUUUGGCGCCAUCAGAGAGCGAGCAUUGUUGGAGUUUAGGGAUUGCAUACAUAUCAUGUCUGCUAUGA